AAUAAACCGCUCGAACACGGUUCGUGAAACCAUACAAUAGAAACCUAGUCCCUAAAAAUUCAAAAGAAACUGUUUUUUUUUUCAAUCUCUUCUAUACUCAAUCCUACUUGUCCUCGAAGCUGUCAGUAAAUCAAUUUUGGGUUUUGGGUUUUUGCUUCUUGAUUAAUCGGUAGUUGAAUUAACCCCUCAACAAUGUCUGCUCCAUUGACGCCUUCUAAGAGACCACAUGAUAGGAACCCUUCAGAGCUGAAUGGGAAAAGAAAGUUGCAAAAGUCAGACCAAUCUAAAAUUUUAUCCGGUGGUAUUGUUUUCCGUGUACUAUGUCCUGAAGCUAAAUCUGCUAGUGUCAUUGGCAAAGAUGGCACUUUAAUAUCACAAAUUCUUCAAGAAACUGGUGCAAAUGUCAAAAUCGAGGAGGCUAUCCCUGGUUGUGAUGAGAUAGUAAUUGCCAUCAUGGGUUCCGGAUCUUCUGAUAAAGAUACUGAAGUUGGUACGGUGCAAGGAAAGGAGGAUGGCGGUGACGAGGCUGAUGCAUCCAAUCGGAGUGAUGAAGAAAAGGGAAAUGAUGAAAACAACAAUGAUAAGGCUUUAAAAUCUGUAAACGAAAAUUCCCGCGUGCAGGAGGCUUUGUUACUUGUUUUUGAAAGAAUGGCUGAAACAGAGCGAAAUUCGGAUGGAGUUGAUAAAGAAACCGAAACUGUUAAGUCUUUCACAACGGUUUUAAGGUUGCUUGUUCUUUCCAGUCAAGUUGGCUGCCUUUUUGGUAAAGGUGGCAGUGUAAUUAAGCAAAUGUCUGCCGACAGUGGGGCACAAAUUCGAAUUCUUCCCAGAGACAAACUUCCCGCGUGUGCUUCAGCUUCCUAUGAAUUAGUUCAGAUUACUGGGGAGUUUGAUGCAGUUCGGAAAGCUCUUCAAUCUGUUUCUCAACAGCUAAUAGAAAAUCCACCUCGGGAUCAUGACUCAUUCCCUCUCAACACAACCGGACAGUCAUCCCAUUCUUUUGGUCCUAGGCCUGAAGUCCACCCACCACCAAACCAUUCUUUAAGUUCUCAGGGAGCACCCUUUGCUGCAGGACCUCGGGAUGUUGAGCAUCAUUCACCUCUUCCCCCUCAUAUGCCUGGAAGAAUGAUGUCUUCUCUGGAAAUGCUAACAUUCCGGUUAUUGUGUCAUGAUGACAAAGUUGGUGCUGUCAUUGGAAAGGGCGGAGCAAUAAUUAAGACUCUUAAGCAAGAAACAGGCUGUGAUAUCAAAGUUGUGGAAGCUAUUCCUGAUUGUGAGGACCGCGUAAUUAUCGUAUCUAGUCCGGCGCACCCAGAUGAUAGGAUAUCACCUGCACAAGAUGCAGUUCUUCGUGUACUCGGUAGGUUAUUUAGGGCUAUGCCUGAUAGCAAGGACAAGACUAUGAUGGUUAGGCUUCUUGUAUCAUCGAAUCAAAUUGGUUGUCUCCUUGGCAAAGGUGGCGCCAUUAUAGCUGAAAUGAGGAAGUCAUCUGGGGCUCAUAUUCGAAUAUUGGGAAAGGAUCAGGUUCCAAAGUGUGCUUCCGAAGGUGAAGAAGUUGUUCAGAUUAAUGGUGAUCAUGAAACUGUUCGAGAUGCUAUUAUGCAAAUAACAUCUAGGUUGCGACAUCAUUUCUUUCGUGAUAUGUUUCCUUCUAUUAACCAUCCUUCAAAUCCCGGUUUCAUGGACCAAGGACCCCCAUUCCCUUCGUUUAUGGGAAGGAGAGAAUUUUCACCUCCGGGAUUAGGUCCUUUUCAUCAUUUUGAUGCUUUUGGUGGACCACCUCCACAUGGUGGUUUUCACCCCCAUGAUCCUCCUUUUAUGCGCAAUAUUCAUCGACCAGGCAUGCCUCCUCAUAUAUCCGAAAGAAAACCAUGGGGUCCUCAGGGAUAUUUAGGCAUGCCAGAUUUCUCUGGGCCACCCCACCGAAGAAUUUCCGGUUUUGGCGGAGGAAGCCAACCGGCUGUUAUCACAAGCACAACUAUUGAAGUUGUUGUUCCUCGUUCCCUUGUUCCUAUAAUUUACGGAGAAGAUGGCGCAUGUUUAAAACAGAUACGUCAGAUUUCUGAUGCGAAAAUUACAAUUACCGAACCCAAGCCUGCAGCAACUGAAACUGCAAUUACAAUAUCUGGAACACCCGAACAAACGCAUGCAGCUCAGUCUUUAAUACAGGCAUUUGUGAUGAGUGAGACCGAAUCUACUUGAACUAAUAAUAAGGUAAUCAUCUUCAGUUAUAUUCGAUGGUUGAUUCUACUUCAUCACUUACUACAAGUUGUGAUUACUGAUUUGAUAUCCGGUCCUUGUUCUAAAAGCUCAUUGCAUAAUCCGUUGAUCAUGCUGGUUGGACAUUGCCGGGAUUCCUAUUUAACUGUUUUCUGUGAGAAUGCCGAAUCUUAUUUGAAAAUUGGCUUAGGGAAAUGACAUUCCUUUUCAAUCUCACAUGAAGAAUUUUACUAGGUGAUCUGUUUGUACUUAUGUUCUUUGACAGUUGAGAAAGGAAACCCGAUUUUUUAUUUAACAUACCGUGAAUGCAUAAUAUAUUUUAGUAACGUUCCGGUGCA